UAUUAUGAGUCCUUUAUUAAAAGAGAUUGAAAGAUAUAUUAAACUAGUAAAUUUAAUAUUUGAAACUGAUGUAGAUUUGGAAAAUAUUGAUGAUGUUUUUGAAAAAAUAGAUAAAGGUGAAUUUUUAGAAACAAAUGAAAAAAAAAUUGAUUCUAUAACUAGUCAACAUAAAAAUUUAAAUCUUAACGAUUCUUUGGAUACUAAUAGAAUGUUAGAAAAA